AUGGGCCGAAGGUUGCGGUGGAGAGACAACAUCCCUAGCAAGGCGUUCGUGGCGCCGCUGACGGCCGUAUCGUUCGUAACGGGCUUGCUUGACGCGACGACCUAUGCAAGCUUCGGCACCUUUGCGAGCGCGCAGACCGGCAACGUCAUUAUUCUUAUUAUCAGCAUCAUUCAUGCUCUCAAGGAAGCGCGACCUAUCAACACGACGGCGUCCCUUGUGGCCUACGUAAUCUGCGGCGGACUGGGAGGACAGAUAGCGAACUUGGUGGGAACACGGAUUCGGUGGUGGGUCAUGUUGUCUUGCUUCCUACAGGUCAUCCUCCUCGCCGUCCCGACUGGACUCGUCUUCCGCCAUGUCCUCGACCCGGACGUGCAGAACGACCAGUGGAUUCUCCUCUUGCUCCUGGCCGCCUCGUCAGGCUUCCAGAUUGCUAUCGCGCGGACUUGCGGCGUCGGUGAGAUCCCGACAGCGAUGCUGAGCACGCCGAUCGCCGACUUAAUCACCGACCCUGCGCUCUUCAAGCCGCAGCUCUGCGGACAGCCAGUAACAGGCCGGAAUCGUCGAAUAGCUUACAUCUUCUCCAUCGUCUCCGGCACCGUCGUCGGAGCCUGGAUGCAUCGCCGUACAGGCUUCAAAUGGACCCUCCUCCUCGGAACGAUCCUGCGCACCGUCAUGCUCGCCUGGGUCGCUGUCUUGCCGGCCGAGACGCAGAAGGAGGCGACCGAGCGGAUGACUAUCGAGCGGUCGACGAGCAGGGGCCGGUGGAAGAAUGGGCUGCAUCGGGAGAUGCUGGGGAUCGAGGAGGAGCCGCAGGUUGACUCGAAUGAAGCAUACGCGCGUGCAUAG